CAGUUGCACGUCAAUAACAUCAUGAUAAUACAUAAUAAUUGUUUUAUUUAUGGUUUAUUUUUUGUACGUAUUAAUAAAAAUUAAAUAGCUAAAUAUUUGCUAGUUAGACAUAAAUUUAUAACAGUCAUUUUAAGUAUAUAUUACCAAACAAUUUGUAAUGGACAAUAAGCAUCUAAAAUUGGUGAAAACUGGAUGGAGACGUUAUGUAUUCAUAGAACUACCGAUAUUUUUUGCAUCUUUAGCCAACGGAAUGAUAAGCAAUGUUUUCAUUGAUCUGAUUGUCUAUCAAACCUGUAGACAAAUAACUACAAAAAACGAAAGUACUUGUGAUAUUUUACAUACAAAUAGUAGUAGUGAAGAAGCGCGAGAAUUAAAUAAAAUUGUUCAGCCGCAUGCAAGUUAUAUAAUAAUGUGUAAAUUACUGAUCGAAAGUAUUUUACCAGCAAUAUUUAUAUUAUUUUUGGGUCCUUGGAGUGAUAAAUAUGGAAGAAAACCACUUUUGACCGUUGGUUACUUUGCCUUGAUGUGCAACAGUAUAAUAAUAUCAAUAUUGAGUUAUGCUGAUUCAAAUCCAUGGAUGUUUUUGUCAGCUUCUAUACCAUCAGCUCUUUUAGGUUCUGGUCUUUUACUAGCAACUUAUUGCUACAUAAGUGAUACUACGGAAGAUGAUAAACGUGCAUGGUCUUUAGCUUGUUUGGAAACUUGCCGUACAAUAGGAUUAGUAGUUGGUACAUUAGUUGGCCCAUUGAUAUUUCAAAAAUCUUCAUAUAGUCUUCUAUUCAUUAUUUCUGCUUCACUUUAUUUAACAUCCUUACUUUAUGUAUUAUUUUUAGUACCUGAAACUAUAAGAAAUGAAUCUAACAAAUGGGGAAAUCCAUUUGAUUUUUCUCUAGUGAAACAAUUGAUAUUAACUUGCAUAAAAAAACGUGACGGUUUAAAUCGUGGAUUAUUGUGGAGUUGUCUAUUUAUUUUAUCUUUAUUUACAAUUAUUAUCAACGGUUAUAUGAAUAUUGCUUAUUUAUUUGCUACUGCUAAAUUCGGUUGGAAUACCAUAGAGUUUUCAAUUUACAGCAGCGUAUCUAUGCUCUUAUCGAUUGUGGGAACAUUUGGUGGUCUCAAAGUAAUGAGAGAUUAUAUCGGUUUAACUGACAUCACAAAAUCUUUGAUAGGAUGUUUAUCUGGUUUUGCAGCCGGUAUAGUUUAUUCUUUAUCUUUAAAACCCUGGCAAAUGUACUUGGGAAUUUGUUUCGGAAUGUGCGCUGGCAUUGUUUUACCUACUACUCAAUCUAUUAUGUCUAAAUCUGCUCCUAUUGACGAUUUAGGCAAAGUGUUUUCGCUGGUAACAUUUAUGGAAACAAUAUUGCCAUUAGGAAGUGCACCGUUAUACAGUUUGGUAUAUUCUUCAUCCAUAUCAGUUUAUCCCUCACCAGUCUAUAUAUUAACAUCUGGAAUAUUUUUUUUAAUGAUCAUUAUUAACAUAAUUGUAAAUGUCAAAUUUAUCAGACAUGAAUCGUUCCAUCAAUCUACUGUGAUAAAAGAUUGAUAUAAAUUACUUGUGAUCCUGAUGUAUUUGGAUUUUAGUUUUAAAAAUUUGAAUAUCAUUUGUAUAAAAUUAUGUUUUUUUUUUUUAUUUAACUGGUACAACAAAAUCAUUUCAUAUUCCUUCACUUUAAAACCUUAAACGUGAGAACUUGUUUUAAA